GCAAUUGCAGUAGCUUGGCUUCUGUGCCAGUGGCUGGUGAUAAUGAUAACAGAGCGCGGCUGCCGAGAUAACGCCAGUUGGUUACCGAUAAGUGGUUGAGUUGGCAUAAGAAGUUCAUCGAGUGUUGUAAUGAUUUGAUCAAGACUUACUUGUAUUCAUUUUUGGUACAGGAAUCCAGCAAGUUCGUCGAAUGUGGUUGGAGGUUUUACACCGGUGUACGUUUGGUUGCCUAGCUUUGUUUAUUUGUUUAUUGCGUUCUCUUGUGAUAUUUGGUGGCGAUGAUACUUGUGACAGUUGACGUUUCUUGCGUGUCCCCGCUUGUAGCAAUUGAUGUCACUUUGUGGUGUCGUGUCAGUGGCAGGAGUUGGUAAUGAGCUGGCUUACGUAAGCCGCGCGACAAUUCGCGUCUGCAAUGUUUACGUUUAUAAUUAUAAACAAUUCGUAGGCGCAUGCGUUACAUAAUCGAUGCAGAAAAUCUAUAUACGUAAUUCGUGGUGUUACAGAUACAAAACUUGUUGUUUUUUUUUGCUUUGACUUCAGUUGAAUCUUCGGACAUCGUUGUUUUCGCACCGUGAAUUGUCCGGCUAUCAGGUACCCAUUCAGCAAGAUUGUGAUAUGUACAAAGACUGACAUAUUUUGCUGACAUGAUUAAGAAUAGUUUGUCGUGUCCACUGACGAAUUUAUAAAAACCGGUCUGAAAACGUAUAUUGAGCUCUGCGUCAAACGUAUAUCUAUUCAUCUUCAUUUAGUACAGUUCAAUUAGCAAAUGUUUCUGCGAUCUGGUGACCGGUCGCUCCAUAUGGCUGGUACAUUCGCGUAUUGUAAGAUGUAACGUCGCAAACUACGACGAUCCUCGAAGGAAGAGUCGCACAGAUCUGAUCUAGUUUGGUGGUGAUUUAUUAGAAAAGUGAGAGAAAUGGAGAAAAUGUCCUCACCCCAGGCUGCAUUCACAAUGUCCGAUGGGGCUAUCCACAUCAAGAGCUCUGAAGAGAAAAAGGCCAAGGGCCUAUUCAAUGUGUUAUCCAAGCUGCCUUCAAAUGAUUCGCUAAGCAAUAGUCCUGGUCCAUCCUCUCCAGGUUUGAACACCCCAAUAACAAUUCUCUCACUGCUUGUAACCUCAUCGCAAUUUCUUAUAGGACCCUCAUGCACUGAUAAGCUUCCUGACUAUUUGGAUAAGUUGGCUGAACCCCAAUCAAAGCUGACACGCAAGGAAUCCUACAAAGCUCAAAGGAAGAACUAUCGAAAGGAAAAGAAGAGGGUCACAAAUGAAUUGCUGAACUCCUUGAAAGAUCCCUCUGUAGUUGUCCUGGCUGACUGGCUGAAAGUUAGGGGCACCCUGAAAUCAUGGACAAAACUGUGGUGUGUCCUAAAGCCAGGCAUGUUAUUACUUUACAAAAGCGCAAAGUGCAAAAGCAAUCACUGGGUUGGCACAAUACUACUCAAUUCUUGCAAAGUCAUAGAAAGGCCUAGUAAAAAAGAUGGCUUUUGUUUCAAACUCUAUAAUCCCUUAGAUCUGUCAAUCUGGGCGCCCAGAGGCCCUGAGAAUGAAUCCAUAGGCGCUGUGAUACAACCACUUCCAAAUUCUCAUACGAUAUUCCGUGCAUCUUCGCAGGAAUCUGGAAUGUGCUGGUUAGAUGCCUUAGAAAUCUCUAUUAGGAAUGAUUCGGCUUUAGUUAGAUCUGUUAGCAAUAAGUCGCACAGUGGAAGUACAAAUCACGAAACGCAAUGGUCUGAAGCAGAUUAUGAAAAACAUUUUGAUCACGAUUUAGAUGAUAUUAGUCAGUUAGAUAAUGGAGCUCAAUUAAGUACUGGUGACGGUGAAAUUACAGACUCUGAUUCAGACAUAUCGGUCAAAGAUGAAGAUGUUGAUGAGGAACCCGAAGAGACUCCUUACACACCGAAUAACGAGGAGGAAUUUGGUGAUGCUGGCGCUCAGGUUGAAGAACUUGCCGAUGAACAUAAAUCACUGAUAUGGUAUUUAGUGAAACAAGUUAGGCCAGGAAUGGACUUAAGCAAAGUGGUUUUACCUACCUUCAUAUUAGAGCCCAGGUCUUUUUUGGAUAAACUUGCUGAUUCUUACUAUCACGUGGACAUCCUAUCAUCAGUUGUUUUAGAGGACGAUGCUUUUACCAGGAUGAAAAGCGUUGUGAAAUGGUACCUGUCCGGGUUAUACAAGAAGCCCAAAGGUCUGAAGAAACCUUACAACCCGAUUCUAGGUGAAGCUUUUCGCUGUUAUUGGCUACACCCAAAUGGCUCAAAGACUUACUAUAUUGCCGAACAAGUCUCACAUCAUCCACCUGUAUCUGCAUUUUAUGUUAGCAAUAGACAGGAGGGAUUUUCCAUAACUGCGUCUAUACUCGCCAAAUCCAAAUUUUACGGAAACUCUACAUCAGCGAUUCUGGACGGAAUUGCAAUUUUAACAUUGAUGCCUCGAGGAGAGAAUUACACUCUGACUGUACCAUAUGCACAUUGCAAAGGUAUCCUGAUGGGCACACUGAGCAUGGAAUUGGGUGGUAAAGUAACUAUCGAGUGCGAGAAAACAGGCUACUAUACUGAAAUAGAAUUUAAGUUGAAACCUUUCCUCGGCGGGGUCGAGCAAACAAACUGCAUUACGGGACGUUUAAAAUUGGGGAAGGAAACUCUUGCCACUAUUGAAGGUUACUGGGAUGGUGUUAUAACUAUAAAAGAUAGGCGAACUGGGGAGCAGAAGAUAUUCUGGAAUGCCUCAGGGAGCACGGUAAGGAAGAGCCGUUUGAAACGAUAUACUGUGCCUUUGGAUCAGCAGGAAGAAAACGAGUCCGAACGGUUGUGGCAGCAUGUCUCUGCAGCUAUACUGAGGGAUGAUAUGAACGCAGCUACAGAAGAAAAGACUUCGCUGGAAGAAGUCCAAAGAGCUCUGUGCAAAGAACGCAAGGCUAAAUGCGAGGAUUGGAUGCCUACGCAUUUCCAGCAAGAUUUGAAGUCCGGGCAAUGGGUCUACAAGUUCUCCGAUUUGCGUCCUUGGGAUCCGAGGAAUGAUCUGUAUCAAUACGAGCACAACUACGUUAUCAGUACGCGUACGAAGCACGCCACUCCAAUGAUCCGGUCAUCUAGCAUUGUUAGUGUUGAACACGCAACGAGCGAGAGCCGCUCGUUAAAAGGCGCGAAGAGGAAGAUCGCAGCGAAACAGAUAUCCUCUGACAUUGACGCCAACGAUGAUACUGCUAGCGAAUCGGAGGAGUAUCAUUCGGACUCCACGCAAUCUGGCCGUAAACCUACGUGUAAUAACAUCAAGUUCAUACAAGCAAUUGAGAACGUCGAGAAAAGUGUGAGCGAACAAAGCGAGAAAAUCGAGCAGGUGUCUGGGGAGUUACAGCAGAUUAUCCUAACGCAUGCUAAGCAGAAGCCCAAUCUUCAAUUCGGACGGGAGCAACUAACAGUACUCUGCGUACUCUUCGUCCUGCAGACGAUCUUUUUGUACUACAUGAUCUGCACAAGACCCUGAAUUUACUUAUAUACAUACAUACAUGUAUAUUGUCUACCAAAAUGCAGCCUUACCUUAACUAUUUACCUAAUAGCACAAAAGAUAACUUACAUCAUCACUUUGAUACACGUACACGGGCACUACUUCGUUUUCUUAGUUUUUAUGUCGAACGUUACUUUCUCGAAUAAUCUUAGUAUUAUUAAUUUAUACUCGUUUCAGAUCCAAUACUUAAUCAAAAAAAAACAUAUUUUUCUUUUUUCGAAGGUAAAAGCUUAUUUAGUAUGAAUUAUUCUAGUAUGCAUAUUGCAACAAAGACAUAUGGUUAUGGAGGUAAAGAAAUAAGGGAGUUUCUUUGUUUGUUUUCUUUAUUUUAUUAUGAUUAUUAUUUUCUUCUAUCGAAUAUUAUUUACCUUAGUACACUUGGACCUCUAUUCUGAUCCGUGAUGGGGAAAUACGCUUUUUAAAAUACCAUUGAAAGAGAUUAUUUGUUUUGUUGUACUUUUACAUUCUUUGUAAAGAGUUUAGGUGCUCGCACGGAUACAGUGCAGAGUUCAUGACCCGAGGUGCCAAAUUGUUUAGAAUUACGUUGAAUAUUAUUAUUUUUUUUUUCCUAUAUUAUAUAAUUUUUAAAGAAUUUGUUGAAAAAUAUAGUUGAAAGAGAAACGUACAAUAUAUACGUCCUAUAUAGAAAUAAACGUUUCCUGUAAUAUAAUACCCUCUCUAUAUUACUUUCAGUAAGGUGGUUUUCACAAUACUCGUUAUGUGUGCACCAAUUGAAAUCUUUGUACCAUUUGUUCCUUAAUAUAAAUAUUUUUGUCUCUCCGAUUAUUUUGAAUACGAAUAAAAUUUGCACUCUUAUUAUAAAAUAAAAGAACACCUUUGGAUUUUACAUUCGUGAUGAAUGAAGGAGUAAAGAGUCAUUAUACUAAUUAUUGAUCCAUUUAUUUAUUGCGUUUCCAAACAUGUCCACAUCAAAUUUCAAAAAUAAAAUACAUUUCGUGAUUUAAGAGGAUCCUACAAGUGUUAACGC